ACACACACACACACACACACGCGCGCUCUCUGGCUCGCUCGUGUUCAUUUUCGUGGUCAGACUGCGCUGAGAGGAGCUGCUUCACUCCAGAGCUGGAUUACACUCAGAUUUACUCUCAUCAGCAACAUCCUUCAGGUGCAUCGUCACAGCAGCAAUGGACGCUCUCACAUUCUGAGUUACAGAUUAUCUGUGUGUGUGGUGAGCGCCCCCUGCUGAAGGCUGAGUGGCAUGAGCGCGUGCGGGAGGAAGGCUCUGACCCUGCUCAGCAGUGUGUUUGCGGUAUGCAGUCUGGGGCUGCUGGGUAUCGCUGUCAGCACUGACUACUGGCUCUACCUGGAGGAGGGCGUCAUCCUGCCUCUGAACCAGAGCGCUGACAUACGCAUGUCCAUCCACUCCGGCCUCUGGAGAGUCUGUUUUCUGGCAGGUGAGGAGAGAGGGCGUUGCUUCACCAUCGAGUAUGUGAUGCCCAUGAGCGUUCAGCUGACCAGUGAGUCUACUGUCAGUGUCCUGAAGAUGAUUCGUUCAGCCACACCAUUCCCCCUGGUCAGUUUGUUCUUUAUGUUCAUUGGUUUUGUGCUCAACAAUAUCGGACACAUCAGGCCCCAUCACACCAUACUAGCGUUUGUCUCUGGAAUCUUCUUCAUCCUGUCAGGUCUGUCUCUGGUGGUUGGUUUGGUGCUCUACAUCUCCAGCAUAAAUGACGAGAUGUUCAACAGGACCAAGAGUAAUGAAGCAUAUUUCAGCUAUAAGUACGGCUGGUCGUUUGCGUUCGCUGCCAUUUCCUUCCUGCUCACUGAGAGUGCAGGUGUGAUGUCCGUCUACCUGUUCAUGAAGCGUUACACAGCGGAGGAAAUCUACCAGCCUCACCCCAGCUUCUACCGGCCGCGCCUGAGCAACUGCUCCGAUUACUCGGGUCAGUUCCUUCACCCCGACGCCUGGACGCGAGGACGCAGCCCGUCAGACAUCUCCAGCGACACCUCGCUCCAGAUGAACGCCAGCUACCCUGCCCUGCUCAAGUGCCCUGACUACGACCAGGUGUCCUCCUCUCCCUGCUGAAAUUCAGUGUCCGUCAGAACUGGGGUAGAAACGUAUAUGUGUGUCUUUGCCUUAUGAAAGGGAACUGACUGAUAGAAUGUAUGACUGUCAUUUUCCUGUUCUGUAGUGAGCUAAUGACUUUGUUCCAGCAGGUGGCAGUAUAGUAUUCUUCUCUGAAGUGAUUCACACUCUGCUAAGAUGUAUAAUCAUUGAAGUUUAAUGUACAACUGGGUGUUGAUCAAUGUAAAUAUGUAUGGUGCUUAUACAAACAUAAAUUGUAGCCAUUAUGGAACACUAGCCUUCAACUAGAUCAAUCUGCUUUCAAGAAUAGCCCAACAUUAAUGUGUAUUAUACUAUGUAUUAAAUGCAAUAUAAUAUCUAUUCAUAUCAAAUUGUAUUCUUAUAGAGGUUGUUCUGAAAUAAUUAUUAGUAACUAAGAGCUUUCUUUAGAAAGAAAUUAACUCAUCAACAUAUACAAAGUAUAUAUAAUAGAAAAAAUACAAAUAUACCACAAAUAUCACGUAUUAUUAUUGCACAUCUGAAAUGAAACACAUUAAAUAUUUGUGAUGGAGUUGUAAUAUUAUAUUGUUGUCCACAGUGUACUUAAAAUUCAUUUCUUUUCUGCUAUUAAUAUUAUACAGUUCUUUGUAAACAUUCAACACUUCUUUGGCUCAUCCACGUUUGAUAAAACAUAGCAUAACACAGUAUAGUAUACAUAUAUUACAAAUGUUGCUUUUCUCUCUUUUUUGUAUCUGAAAUGUUGUUUUGCGUCUUUUUGUCAUAGCUAAUGUAUGAUGAUGCUUUCUAUAUAUUUUGCAAGUGUCAGAAAGAUUGCAUUUACAGUGAAAUGGAUAUAAUCUAAACAUACUGCAAAACUUUCCUUGUUUUUCUUAAUCCAUGUUUCUUAAUUCUUCAGUAGCCAUCCUUUAUCUACUGUUGAUUCCAGCUCCACUUCCUCUCGGCUUCCCAAAACCAAUGUUUCACUGUUCAUGUCACUUAAAUACACCGAAGCUUCAAUUUAAUACUUAGAUUGUGAUUUAGAGCCAUUUCAAAAAAGCAGUAGGUAUGAUCAAGGUAUGAUCAAAUAGCUGAUGUGUGAGGAAAAAAUUCACCCAUGAAAGUUUUAACUUUAUGAAUGUUUUAUGUAUUCAUAUUUCAUGUACAUUUCGACCAAUAGCUUAUACAGACAUAUAAAAAUUAAUCUGGAGCCCCAAAGGGCAUUGGAGAUAGUAUUCUGCCCUUGGACAGGGCUGUUAUUUUACAACCACAUAUAAAUUGCUACUGGAUUUAAAAAACAAAAACAAAAAAAAAAACUUAAUUUUCCAGAAUUACAAGGUGUUUUUCCCUGACAGAAGUACAUUAGUUUAAGGCUGCUGAGCAAAGAGCCCUAACAUUAAAAAGCCAGUAGAUUUAUAUGCUACAGAGAUUGUACUUACACAAAAAAAAGAAGAAGACAAAUGUUUACAGUAUUUACACAUAACUUAGAUCUAUAGUUUACCAAUUAUGAGUAGAAUAAAAUCAUUUCACGAAGAAAAUAAAUAUAAAAAGAUAUUUAACUAUACUUGUCAUAAGAACACAAAAGCAAGCAAAUUCAUUCGUAUUACAUCAACACAUCAUACGUAACAGUAGAUAGUGUCAUCUUAGACCAGAACGGAAAGGUUAAUGGACUGGUUCCCGGAAACUAAAUCUAUCUAUAUACAGUGCCAUUCAAACGUUUGGGAUUAGUAAGGGAUUAGUUUUGAAGUUUUUUUUUUUUUUUUAUGGAGAGUCUUGUGCUCAUCAAGGCUGUAUUUAUUUGAUCAAAAAAAAAAAAAAAAAAAAAAGAUUAAUAUUGUGAAAUAUUAUUGCAAUUUCUAAUAUUGGUUUCCUAUUUUAAUAUACUUUAAAAUAUAAUCUAUUUCUGAAUUUUCAUCAGCCAUUACUCCAGUCUUCAGAGUCACAUGAUAUUUCAGAUAUCAUUAUAAUAAGCUGAAUUAUUAUCAGAGCUGAAACUGUUGUGCUGCUUAAUAUUUUUUUGGAACCUGUACUUUUUUCUUUGAAUAAAAGGCAAAAAAAAACA